AUGCCAUCCGAAGGAGACAAUAAGCGCCAGGCGGCACGUGACGUGAUCGACAUCCUUGAGGACAUCUCCAAGAUUCUGAACACCAAUCUUAACCGCACGGAGCUAUCCCUGUGUGUAUCUCUGAUUGAGAACGGAGUGAAUCCCGAUGCUCUUGCGGCUGUGAUUAAAGACCUGCGUGAAGCCUCAUCUCCCAAGCGUGUUAUGGAGUAA